AUGAAACCCGUUCCACCGUCUAAAGCUGGUAUUUCUAUAUCUACGCCAUUUAGAGGACCUCAACCAUAUACGUACGGGUUUUUAGCUAAACAACCGGGAAAUGAUUGCAAAGUUCGACUUCGUGACAUAGAACGAAUGCGUACAGAAAGGUUUAGAAUACAAAAUGAAAAUGAUUUUAAAAGUAUAUUAAGAGAAGCUCAGCAUAAAGAAAUGAUUGACAUGUCAGAUAAAAAGUGUUUAUACAAUCAGAUAAAAAGAAUGGUUGAAUGUGGAAUGAAAGCUAACGAACAUUUAUUUAUAGAAGAAGAGGAGCCAGAAAACCCAAAAGUUGUCCAAGAAGAUUUAAUAGAAAAGGCAAGAAAGAUUAAAGAAAAAAGUGACGAAGAAGAACGAAAAUUAGUGGAAGAAAAACGUUUACAAAUGUUCAUAGAAAACUCUGAAGAAUUGAGAUUUGCUGCAAUGGAAAAACGUAAAAAUGAUAUAGCUCAUAUAAACUAUAAAAUUAUUCAAGAAAAUGAUAGGCUCAUUAAAGAACAAAAAAUUAAGAUGAGAGAACAGGCUAAUAUUAAAAAUGCAGAAAUAUUUAAAAAGCAGGUAAAUCCAAUAUUUUGUAUGUGUUAUUGGUAG